AUGGUUGAUGUGGCUGAUAAAAUAGCUUACUUUCAGGCAAUCACAGGCCUCGAAGACCCUGAUUUGUGUACAGAGAUCCUUUCUGCCCACAAUUGGGACCUCGAGCAAGCAAUCUCUGCUUUCACUGGCACAAAUUCCUCCGAUAAUCCUCCAGCCGCCACUACCACCACCACCAUGGCUGAGGUCGGAAGUAGCGGACUGUCGAACCCAAAUACAAAUCAAGAACUCGAACGUUCCGCAUUGAUCACUGAAGGUACGGCACCACCAGGUUUGGCAAGGAAGCUUUUAACCCUCCCGUUUUCUAUCAUUUCUGGUAGUCUAGGUUUAAUUUCUGGUGCAAUUGGGCUUGGAUUGUGGGCCGCCGGCGGUGUUUUAUCAUAUUCUUUAAGUAAGAUUGGUCUUAACUCGGGUCGGAAUGGAGACUCUUCGUCUCCACUGGUUUCGGUUUCGGCCGCCGCAUCAGAGGCCAUGGAUUUCGUGACGAAAUUUGAGAGGGAUUAUGGGAGUACUGGUCCUAAUUUCGUUCCUGAAGUGUUUAUGGAUGCUUUGCAGAGGUCUAGGCAUGCUUUUAAGCUGUUAUUUGUGUACCUACACUCGCCGGAUCAUCUAGAUACACCGUUAUUUUGUGAGAGGACUCUCUGUAAUGAGGCUCUGGUGGCAUUUGUGAACGAGAAUUUUAUUGCUUGGGGUGGGAACAUUAGGGCUAGUGAGGGGUUCAAAAUGAGUAAUAGCUUGAAGGCUUCAAGGUAUCCGUUUUGUGCUGUGGUCAUGGCGGCCACGAACCAGAGAAUUGCAUUGCUUCAGCAGGUUGAGGGGCCGAAAUCCCCAGAAGAAAUGCUCAUGAUAUUGCAAAGAGUGCUGGAAGAAACUGCUCCUGUCCUUGUUUCAGCUAGGCUUGACGCUGAGGAACGAAGAAACAAUAUACGUUUGAGGGAGGAGCAAGAUGCUGCUUAUCGAGCAGCACUCGAAGCUGAUCAGGCUAGGGAACACCAGAGGAAAGAAGAGCGAGAACGGCUGGAAAGGGAAGCUACUGAAGCUGAGAGGAAGCGAAAGGAGGAAGAAGAGGCUCGUGAAAGAGCAGCACGUGAGGCCGCUGAGAAAGAAGCUGCAUUGGUUAGAAUGCGCCAAGAGAAAGCCCUCUCACUUGGCACUGAACCUGAAAAAGGACCUGAUGUUACUCAAGUUUUGGUGCGGUUCCCAAGUGGAGAGCGAAAAGGGAGGAGGUUUCAUUGUUCCGCGACAAUACAGUCUCUAUAUGACUAUGUGGAUUCUCUGGGUUCCUUAGAAGUUGAGAGUUACAGCCUUGUUUCCAACUUCCCUCGGGUUGUAUAUGGCACAGAGAAGCUCUCUUGGUCCCUGNUUCCAGAAGCUCUCUUGGUCCCUGAAAGAAGCAGGGUUACAUCCUCAGGCCAGCCUUUUUGUGGAGCUGAACUCAUGAGGGCAAGCAACUUUUUCCAAUGCAAAGCAAAAUGUGAUCAAGCUGUGCUGCAAGAAAAACAUACCGUCUUUUCGGCCUCUGUUGCAGUAGCAUUGUCGAUCGUACCAUUGUUGAUCGGUAAGACAAUUAUUUUGUAUUUGGACUGUUUCUAUGUGGCAGGUUUCGAUUAUAAUGAAAUUCUGUGGAGAGGAGCAUUCAAGAUUGUAUAUAAGGGGUUUGACGAGGCUGAUGGAAUAGAAAUUGCUUGGAACCAAGUGAGCAUUGAUGAUAUGUUGCAGACACCAGAACAUCUGGGAAGAAUAUAUUCAGAGGUUCACCUUCUCAAGACUUUGAGACAUGAAAAUAUCAUCGAGCAGUUUGAGGCAAUACUGUAA